AUGGGAAUGCGAUUUAUAAAAGGAAAGUCUCGCAAAAUUAUGGCAGAAACGACGGCAAAUGCUGCGUUCAGGGCGCAAUAUUUGAGGAAAAAAGUUUUAAACCUGAACAGACGAAAUUUCCAGUGCGCCCCGAGCGUGGUCGAGGUCCACGCCGCUGAGGUGUGGCAAUCCAGCUUAAAACGUAAGAACGAUGACGAUUAUCAUGGCAACUUCAACACCGAGCAGUUUGAGAAGUGGUUCACGAAUCUGAGUGCUAUUUUGGCGUCCAAGUAUGGACCAUGUAACAUACACGUGGAUGGGGCCAGCUAUCACAAACGCCAAACGAACCCCACUCCAAAUUCUAGCUCGCUAAAAAGAGAUAUGCAAGAGUGGCUGGAGGAUAAUGGUUUGUAUAAUGUUUUUUUUGUAGAUUUUGUUUUUAAACUAACGUUGUAUUUUGUUAUUUAG